CGGCCGACAUUGAACAGCUGAACCGUUUCCCGUGCGGUGGCUACAGUGAUGAGUCCACCGUCGUCUAUCUGCAGCAUCCGUGCGUGAUGCUAACGGCACUGGAGGUGCUCGGGUAUCGGGUCGUAGCGUCCUCGUCCACCGCCGUCAAGCAAGACUACAACGAGUACAUGUGGACGAUGCGGAAGGAGUUUAGCGAUCCCGAACCGUACCUCAGCGAAACGUCCUCCGCCGUGAUCGAGCGAGACAAUCUGGCCAACAGUGGCCGCGAGGGUGGCAACUACAACGGUGGGAACAGCAAAAUCGAUCUGCCGGAGUAAAACGUUCCGUGCGGUGGUCGUUCAGCCAGCAUGUGUACCAAAAAUACUGAGAAUAUUCGUACGGGUAGUAACGGUUUUUCAUAAUUUGUAUUCGAAUGAGCGACAGCCAAAAUGACAGCUGUCACGCAACGUCACAACAAAACUCCCGAACCAAAACAAAAAUCCUUGUACUGAUGAUUGUUGAGCCGGUUCGGGAGUGCACAAAAUCAUCACUCCGUUUAGCCAUAGCUGCAAACAUUUGUGAAAAUCGUCGAUCGAUUGUAAUUUAGCUUGCUGCACAAUGUCCUCGUGAAAAAAGCGCUUGCGUGGUAGUGUGUGUACGAAAGUACGGAGAGCUGUUUCAUAGCAACACAACCUACACCAGUGGACCAUGAGGGGAUGUGGAAGCUUCCGGCCUACUUGAAUCGCUUGCUACCAAAUUAAUGAACCUGUCUCUGCAUUCGCGCAAUGACCGAGAAGCCCUGCAACGAGCGUGAUGCUCACGAUCACACGAAAUGUUCAUCGAAAGGUGUCGGCGCGACACAGUCACUGAGCGAGCUGGAUUUUGACCGAGGGAUAUGGAGUGCGGCGAUGAGUAACGAAAUCGACCGCCUGGAAAUGCUUAUUACCAAAGGACACCUUUACGACCGGGACAGCUGUGGUUACACCGCACUACACUACGCCGCACGCAGCGGGCACGCCGAGGCUUGCCAUUUACUCUUAGCACGAGGGCUCGGAGUGGACGAAGUCACGAACGGUGGCGUUACCGCACUUCAUCGAGCUGCAAUGAUGGGACACUACAAAAUCCUUCAACUACUGAUAGCAAACAGUGCGAACGUAAUGCAUAAGGAUAAGGAUGGCAAGACGGCCCUACACCGGGCAGCCGAAGGUGGCCAUCUGCAGUGCUGUCAGUUGCUUGUACGCUUAAAUCCCGCCCUCUGCCAUGUACAGGACGUGCGGAACCAGAAACCGAUCGAUCUCGUGCGAAACACUCACAGCGAUUCGGACCAGCUAAGACACUUGUUGGCUGGAUAGCAUUAAGGCCUGAAGAAAAGCUUUCAUUUCGUACACCUUCUGUCUUCCCCGUAUAAAUUGCGUACUAAAGGGAGCACUACUUUUAAAGGGCAAAAGUCCCAUUUUAAAAACUCGAUUUGUUGCGCUUAUUUGUGAUUUGCGAGUGAUGAUGUGAGUGUCGCACAAGGGUAAUUUUCUAUUUUGUACCCACACAAGAUUUUAGACUUUAGCAAACCGUGUGUACUAGGAAAGUUAUAAUAAAUGAAAAAUUAUAGUAAAUGA